AAACUAAAUAUGUUUCUCUACAUAUUUCAGAGUUGAGAACGAGUCGAUUCCAAGCGGAAGAUUGGUCGUGAGAAAAAUGUAAACUUCUGAAAGGUGCAGGAUGGAUUUUGAGGAUUACUGGGUGGCGUAGACCCCUCCUGCCACUCUAUUGAGGGGGGUAGGAUGCCGGUGGCCCCUAGGCCGGGGUCCCUCAAGGACCCCGACGUGGCCGAGUUGUUCGAGAGAGAGGAUCCGGACAAAAUAUUCGAUGAUCUUCGAGAAAUUGGGCAUGGAAGUUUCGGAGCUGUUUACUAUGCCAGGCAUAAUAUAACAAACGAGGUUGUUGCGAUCAAGAAGAUGUCCUACAACGGGAAACAAAGCUUAGAAAAAUGGCAGGAUAUACUCAAAGAGAUCAGGUUCCUAACACGGCUGAAACAUCCUAACUGUAUCAAAUACCACGGCUGCUACCUCAAGGAACAAACCGUCUGGCUUGUUAUGGAAUACUGUCUCGGGUCUACAUCAGAUAUUAUUGAAGUUCAUAAGGAACCUCUUCUAGAGGAAGAAAUAUCUGCCAUUUGCUCAGGUUGUAUAAAUGGUCUUCAUUAUCUUCAUCAUCAGGGAAGGAUACAUAGGUAAGACGAUGAUAUCAUUAUUUUGAAUUGGUUUGAUUGAUUAAGUAAUUAAUU